GGUAACCCAAACAGACAGUUGUGAGUCAGCAGCCGCAGUUUAAUGAAGAAAAUAAAUAACCAGCUUUGUUUAGAUACUAACGACAUGGCUCUACCGCUUCUACCCGGGAACUCUCCCAAUAAACUGCUGGACAAGGAAAGAUUUCAUAAAUCCCAACAUUUUGACAUCUUCAACGGAAUUCCCAUGCUGGUGGGAUUUGAGAAGUCAGGCAUCGGAGGAGAGCUGUUGCCAGGCCAGAAAAUUAAGCCGAACUUCUCUGUCUAUCCCAAAAGAGAGGGUCAGGAUUUACCUGCAUGGGUGGCCUUCGAUAAACAGGCCCUGUGUUUUGAUGCGUACUUCCAGGAAACCGUGCCUGAAGCCCAGACGGAGACAUACAGGAUCAGGAAGUGUAAGAUUUAUUUUUACAUGGAGGAUGACACCAUCCAGGUGGUGGAGCCGGAGUACAAAAACAGCGGCAUCCCUCAAGGAACUCUGAUUCGUCGUCAGCGUAUCCCUCUGCCUCCCCCUAAUGAUGACCAGUUUUACACAGUUUUUCAUUUCAACAUCAACCAGCAGAUGGUGCUGUACUCACGCACUUUCACGUUAACAGACUGUGACUCCUUUUCGAAGGACUUUCUCACCAGACUUGGGGUGUGUGUGAAUGAUAGAGUCCCCGUACCUGACGACCCCUACAGCAACCUCAGGGAAGAGAUGGAGAAAAGUAUGAAGCCUCUGCGCCCGUAUGAGAGACGAGACACUCUGAAGCAGUUCCUGGACCAUGACCGUAAAGUGCUGCGUUUCUUCUGCUUAUGGGACGACACCGAGAGCAUGUUUGGAGACCCCCGCCAGCUUGUACUGCAUUACUACCUGGCUGACGACACCAUCGAGAUCCGAGAGGUUGUAUCAGAAAUCCCUGGGAGAGCGACCGUGCCCAAAUUCCUACGCCGCAGCAAGCUGCCUAAGCAUGGAGCCAGCCAGAUGAAGCAGCCUGGAGAGGUGACAGAUCGCACAGUGCUCAAUGUGUUUGACUCAAACAACCAGGGAAAACGCUUCAUUCUGGACAGCCUCAAAACUGGAUCGAUCCAGGAUGAGUUUUAUAAAGACUCUGACCUCGCUGUGGGACAGGAGGUGAACGUUUGGGGCCGAAGAGCUCUCAUCACCGGCUGUGACAACUUCACCAAAGAAUACUACCACUCCAAAUAUGGAAUUGAGGACUUCACCCCAGUGCAGUACAAAGCUCCCCCGGCCCCCAGAGCCCCCAGGACCCUGCCCCCCUACAACGGCUUUGGCUCAGAGGAGGACUCGCUGGCUUCCUGCCUGAGUCUGCUGCCCAAACCGCCCCAGAGAGACUUCCACAAAUUUAUGGAGAAAGACAGACGUGGCCUAAACAGUCAUAUGUUGAAUUUCCGAGCCAAGCUGGUGACCAGCGAUCCCAUCGACACAGAGAGAACGUUCAUCAUCUCCUUCUACCUCAGCGAUGACUCCAUCAGUGUGUUUGAGCGUCCGCAGAAAAACUCAGGUGGGCUUGGCGGUAAGUUUCUGGAGCGUCGUCGUGUGAAGAAGCCGGGUCAGGAGCAGUUUAAGAGUGAGCCGUCAGAGUACUUAAAAGCUCAGGAUCUGUACGUCGGUGCCACCCUCUGCAUCACUAACAGGAACUUCAAGCUUCUGGAUGCUGAUGAAUACACCUUUAACUACAUGGAGCGACACACUGAGGAGUUCCCCAAAGCCAAUGUGGGAAAUAUCAUCAGUAAAUUACGCUCGAUUCCUGAAGAGAAACAGAACGAGAUUAGGAAGUUUCUCUCUCUCAGCGACCCUGGAAACACUGGCUUCAUCCCCUUUGACUUAUUCAGAGGUCUGCUGGCGGGUCUGGACUGCAGCUUAUCGGAGCACGAGGUUCUGGUUCUUGGCCGAAGCUUCUCGAAGUGUGUCGAGCGACCCGAGGCGGACUUGGGUCUGAUGCUGGCUGUGGCUCAAGACUUCCUCAAGAAGAAGCCCUUCGAUGAGCUCCCCGCCAUGGCCAGAGUGUUCACACACCAAGACCGCCACAAGACCGGCCGUCUCCCCACCAAAGAGAUGAAGACGAUCUGUAAGGCCUGCCACCUCCCUCUGCCUGAAAAGCUGCUUGGAGAUCUACUCUGCAGAUUUGCAGAUGGGGACCAGAUUGACUAUCACGCCUUCCUGGCUGGCCUUAACUGGGUAGAGCACCCAGCUCCUCCAGUAAAGCCUGAAGACACCUUAAAGUUUGAUCUGAAUGUGGCGUCUGACGUUGCUGAAGCAGCAGUGAGAAAUGUCAACUACUCUGCUCUCCUAGAGGACGUCUUCAGCCGUCCCUCCAACAUUGCCGACCCAACGACCAGCAUUGUCUCUUAGACAUCAAGAGGGAGGUGAUUAGUGUUA